AUGCAAGCCCGGGGGCGUCGAGCCUUUCACGCCCACCGCAAGCUUCUCUGUGCGCCAACGGCCAUCGACGUGCGCAUGAAGCUACUCACCACCCUAGUGCGGAACUCAGCCACAUGGGGGUGCGCUACGUGGCCGGCCAAUUCCAGCUUACUCCGCGCAGUCAACAGCUUCCAACUGGGGUGCCUUCGCACCAUGCUAGGGGCGAAAAGAGGGGCGACCGAAACGUGGGCAGAAUGGCAGACCCGCACAAUGCGUGCUGCCAGAGUUCACCUUCACCGGAGCGGGUAUGAACGAUGGUCCAGCUACGCACUCCGGCAGAUAUGGAAGCUGCACGGGCACGCGGCACGACAUGAUGGACCAACUCGUGACCUACUACGCUGGCGCAACCUCAAGUGGUGGAAGGAGGUUGCGGAACCGGCCAAGAUCUCGCACGGGGCGCGCUUCAACAGUGCCUUGGACGUCGAGCAAAGUAUAGCCAAGAUUGGUGGCUAUGAUUGGAUGGCCCUUGCACAAGAUCGAGAUGCCUGGCAAGCCCUACAGGACAACUACGUGCAAGAGUUUGAUCCUCCAUUUGCGAUCGGGCGACAGGCAAGCAAGCAUCGCCAACCUCACGCCAGUGCACAACUUCAGACCACGUACACAGUACAGUCUCGCACAAGGGGCGAGCGAGCGAAUGACCCCUGGUAG